AUGCCAAACGCACAGUGCAGUAAACGUCUUAAAGAGAAAAUGAGCGUUCACAAGAGAGAACGCCUACUGACCUCCGCCAUCCGUAUCGCAACAGCCGCGGAUGUUCCACGCGGGGGUCGAGACACCACUCCUUUUUGGACUCCCGAGUUAGAGGAAAUCGAAGGGAAGAUUCACAAUUGUAAACCUUCUGUCUCUCAAGACAGACUGGGAGCUCGCAGGAGAGAAAUGCUACGACAAGCAUCCCAUAAGAGAUGGAAAACCCUCUGUAAUAACAUGGCCGUGGCAGACGGCUGCUGU